AUGUUUGGAUCAUCGCAGGGGUGCUUACACUAUGCUAUAGCUUCUUCCAUUGAUAAGAUUGAACUCUGGUGCCUCAAGGAUUGUGACAGUAAAGAAUUGGUUUUGAAGAAUACCGCCAACAUCGAUAAGCUUAUGAGCAUGACUGGGAAGAGGUACACCGUGGAUGAGAUUCAUCCAGAUUGCGACAUCAUUUUCCUGGUUUCACGGGCAGGUGAUACCUUGGCAGCGUACGAUGUGCGACAUCAGGAAGUUGGUUGCAUCCUUAAUGUUGAGAUAAACAAUACAGUACGGCAUCGGUUUCUACCCUAUGUUCCUCUGUUCUCAGAGUCAUUAGCAGAUGCAGAUGGGCAGUAG